AUGCCGUUUGGCACACAAGUAGCAACUGAAGCAUUCCAUGUUCAGCCUAUAAGGCUUGCUGAUCACAGCUCUGUCAAGAAUGGCCGCCCUCCAGGCGCACUCCUCCUGCCACGUCCUCCUCUUGACGCCCCAACUGUCGCCGAAGCCGUUGCCGUCAUCUCUUGCUGUUUUGUUUUGUUGUUGAAAAAAACAAACAGGUACGAGGACAAGACAGAAUGGGGAGAUAGAAUAGGGUGGAUAUACGGGUCCGUAACGGAGGACGUGGUGACCGGCUACCGGAUGCACAACCGGGGUUGGCGGUCAGUCUACUGCAUCACAAAACGAGACGCCUUCCGUGGCACCGCUCCAAUCAACCUCACCGACCGGCUGCACCAGGUGCUCAGGUGGGCCACAGGCUCAGUCGAGAUUUUCUUCUCCAAGAACAAUGCUCUUCUAGCCACGCGCCGUCUCAAGUUCCUCCAGCGCGUGGCGUACCUCAACGUGGGAAUCUAUCCCUUCACAUCAAUCUUCCUCGUCGUUUAUUGUUUUCUUCCAGCUCUGUCCCUCCUUUCGGGACAGUUCAUAGUACAAGGCCUUAACGUGGCAUUCCUUGCCUACCUCCUAAUCAUCACACUAUGCCUGACUCUCAUCUCCCUCCUAGAAGUGAAAUGGUCUGGGAUUGGUCUCGAGGAAUGGUGGCGAAACGAACAGUUUUGGGUCAUCGGUGGGACCAGUGCCCACCUUGUGGCUGUAGUACAAGGCUUAUUGAAAAUCAUAGCAGGUAUUGAGAUCUCGUUUAAGUUGACUUCUAAGUCAGGUGGGGAUGACGAGGAGGAUGUGUUUGCUGACUUGUACAUUGUUAAGUGGACCAGUUUGUUUAUAAUGCCGUUGACUAUUAUUGUGGUCAACAUUGUUGCGGUGGUGAUUAGUUGUUUUAGGACCUUGUACAGUGUGCUACCGCAGUGGAACAAGCUCUUGGGAGGGACUUUCUUUAGCUUUUGGGUUUUGGCUCAUAUGUACCCUUUUGCUAAAGGGUUGAUGGGAAGGAGAGGACGAGUUCCUACGAUUGUGUUUGUGUGGGCUGGACUGAUCUCGAUUACGAUUUCUCUGCUGCUGAUUUCUAUAAGUCCUCCUGAUGAUACUACUACUACCUCUGGUGGAAACGUUCAGAUAUGAUCAAAUAAAAUGAAACUAGAGUAACAACUAACUUUUUUUCUUUUUUUUUUUUAAAAAAAAAAUUACUAUUUUGCUAUGAUUUUAGGUGGUCUACUCGUAUCAUGAUAAAUGUACCGAUUAAAAUGUUUGUUGUGUGGCUACUAAUGGGGGGCGCCUUUCUAGUGUUAGAGUUCUCUAAAUUUUGUUAUCUCAAGCGUGUAAAUUCUCUUUCUUUAAUUUGUUUUCCCAUUUGUAUUGUUUCGUAGAAACUAUA